GUUUUCCGCUCAAAUUGUUUCGGACGUUUGUUCUGGCAAUGCUUAAGUCCUUGACCUGAUUCGUUAGUAUCAAUGAUGAGAGUCGUUUUUAGCACGAUAUUGUUUUUGUUUGUAAGCCUUGAUAUUGCCGUAUGUAACUCAGAAGUGAAUGAUGAUUCAUCUGCAAGAACUACGCUACAACUGCGUGAUAGUGUGGAGUUUUCUUACUCGAUAUCAAAUUCCUUUUUGGAUCUUAUUCGUGGUCAGAAACCACCAACAGCCGUCUUUGAAACCUUUGUCAAUAUUCAAACUUCUCACCAUUCAAGACUCGCAUAUAGAAGCAUUGAGCCCGUUGUAACGACAUACUUGGGAUAUGGCAUAUGUCUUGUUGUCGGUCUUCUAUUUGCUAUUUUUAUGCCCCUUGUUGGAAUCGUUUUCUUCUGUGCUCGGUGCUGUGGAAAAUGUGGUGGACGUGUGCAAUUUGUAGAUUCCAAACACGAUCCCUGCAAACGAGUUGUGUACACAGUAUGCCUAGUCUUAAUUGUGACUUUCCAAUUGGCUGCUGUUGUUUUGGCUUUCAUCAAUCACUACUUAUUUCAUGAAGCUUUGGUCAGCAGAGACCCGCGCAUAGGUGCUUUUAGUCAAGCUAACCUUAGCCUUGUUGAGUUUGAAGAGGCUCUAAAAGAUAUGGUACAGAUGGCAAAGAAUACCUCCUCAACAGAUCUUAGUAAACAAAAAGAACGCUUCAUGCGAAUUGUAGAUGAUAGCCUUGUCAGUUUUCAAGAAGAUUUUACCAAACUGUCUCAAGCGAAUAAUGUAUCUGAUGCAAUUUCAGAAUUUCAAACAACUGCACGAGCUUUCCUUCCUGGAUCCGAGGCAAUCUCACAAAUCAAUUACUUUAACCAUUCACUUUACGAAGUGAUCUCUGAAUUACCUACCAUUCGUCAGGGUUUGACUGAUACAUUGAAUACAGGUUGUCCCAUUGAUAAGAUCAUUGAAUGCCGAGAAUUGAUGGGACUGGCCAACGAUCAGUUAAAAAUUCGUGUUUCACCAAGUAUGUUCCAACUAGACGAAGCGUUUUCUAUUUCUAAUCAAAUUCAACGGCAUCUUCCUGAUGUUGACUAUCUCAGUGAAUUUAAUGGAACUAUCAACAAUCUGGCCGCAAAUGUGAAGCGUUCCAUUAGUGGUGAUCUGGAUCGUGCCUGGAACGAUUUAGCUCACUCUCCAAAGACACGAGAGAAACUAGCUAGUGUAUUCGAACAUAUUACGGUUAACAUAAGCACUACUUUGAAAUUUAUUCGUGAUCGAAUUUCAUUGGAGAUUAAUGAAGAAGUAAAUGAUCAUUAUUUACGAGCUGUCGAGUUUGUGUUAUAUGGCGGAGUGGCUCUGCUGUGCAUUCCUAUUUUAAUUUUCCUGAUAUUAUAUCUUGGACUAUGUUUUGGCACUUGUGGUGAUCGUCCAUAUGAAGAGGCCCGUUUGUGUAAUCGGGGUGUCGGCGCCAAUUUUUUACUUGCAGGUGUAGGAUUCAUGUUUCUUUUCUCAACUAUCUUGAUGGUCUCUUGCAUGGUACCUUUCCUUUUUGGCGGAACUUUGCAAACUGAAGUUUGUCGAUAUCUGACUGGUCGCUAUCCAGAUGGUCCCCAAAAAAUGGACCAAUACGUUUUUCAAAGUUUGAAAUCAAUUUUUCUCGCCGUUGAAGGGUCACUACCGAACUCGUCUAAAUCUACGACAUUUCAUGUUGAUAAAAAUGAACUGGAGGCUAUCAGGUCAACGUUGGAUAUUAUUCGUUUUAAUCUGUCAGAUGCUAUUUUGACUCGAUGUGAAAACGAACCAUUCGUAGAAGCAAUCAGUACAGGAGAGUUCGUUUCCCCUAUACUUGCUGAUGCAAUUGACGGAAUUUUGCAGGGUCUCAUCGAGUCAUUUAAGAAAGUCGACAUAGAGUCUCCAUUUCGCCGUACUAUCGGGUCGUGUAUAGCAGCUUUUGAACGUCUCAAAUUUCUUUCUGCUGUUAAUUUCAAGGAAGCUAUCAACCAAGUUAGUUUAAAACUUUUGAUAUUCUUUUAUUCAUGCUUUUUUCUGUUCCUUCUGUUGUAUUAGAUAUCUGGUACCUUUCCAGAGUAGAUUAUAUUGGAAUUACUCGUUACAACGAAAGAUAUCUUCUUAUCAUCAGUAUCAUUUGGACACUUUUUAUUCAGCAUGAUGUUUAUAGCCUAAAGGAAUUUGUUGAGAAUAUCAAUCUUCACGGAGCAAAUACUUUUUCUGGAUGUUUCAUCCCUGUUAAUAAACAUUUAUGUCAAUUAAACAUUUCGUUUCUUUUGUAAUUACCAUUCCAGAAACAAACAUGCACUUGCAACAUUCAGUUUAAGUAAAUGAGAAUUUCUGCAUAAGGGAAUUAUGUAUCUAUUAAAGUUUUCCCUAUUCAGUACUGACUAAAUCGUUUAACGAAAUUGUAGAGGAAGGUUUUUUUGAGAAAUUUCACACACUUAGUUCUGUUUAUUAUCUUUCAAGAUAACAAAGGAAACAUCUUGGAGAUAUUAUCUUCGACCAACAUAGCUACUAACUCUCCUAUAAAACAGUGCAUUAGUAAAACUUAAAUAGUGUCUUAUAGACAAUUCGACACGAAAAUUAUCGAGUAAAUGUAGUGCCCCUCGCUCUUCUGUACUUUUUCAGGCUGGAGUACUUAUAAAACUCGUUAUUCCCAUCUCUGAAUAUGUUGGCAAGGUAUUUUUUUUCAACCUAUAAGCAUGGAAGGGAAAGUUAGAGAUUGUUUAUGGAUUUUAUGUUCUUAGUGUGUUAAUGUCUCAAGCAAACAAUGAACAUACAUACUUAUUUACGAUAAUGUAAAUACGAUUAUAAACUGACAAUACUCAUUUUUUUAGAGAUAAUUCUCGUCGUAUUGUUGAUAUUUAAAAGCUGAUAUCUCAUUUAAGUUCUUUGGUGUUUGAAACUAACUAUUCAACUAUAGCGAAUAACAUAAAUAAUACUUUAAAUAAGAAGUGAUUAGUAGCGAUAUCGCGGUUUUUUCCUUUUAAAGUAUUUUUUGCAUCAAUGUAUGUUUGUUGCGCUAACAUAGGUUAUAAACGAACUUUUCAAAAAGUGCUUUCUAGUGUAGACAAAUGCGUAAAGGUUACAGUAGUAAGAUUAAUCAAUGUGACAGCGGUCAUUUGUAUGCAUUUUCAUCUUUUUGUGCGUAUAUACAAUUCUAUAUUAAAGGGUUUUGAGGUUUAUAAAUAAUGAUGUGUCUCUGGAUUGUGGAAAUAAUUUAAAAUGCAAUGAUUGCAACGUAACCAAGUAUGGCAACUGCUCGCAAGACCAGAUUAUCGACUCAGGUCCAUUGAAAGAGCUAGUAUAUAAUAAACAGCAGAACAUGAUUUUUCUUAAACAGGGUAACAUGCUUAUGU